CCGGCCAGACUCAGAUUACUGCGAAGCCAUCAUCACUAUCAUCAUAUGAAUCAAGCGGCUGUCGCCAGCCCCCGAUCUGCAAGGAAUGGCUACGCAAUCCCCUCACCCGAAAGCAGAAGGGAGGGUAGCUCGCCCCCCUCUACAGCAAGCUCAAAUUCUAUUCUGAAGAAGACUUGCUCCUCUCACGGGUCCCAGGAAGGGAGAGAGGGCUCCUCGUGUGGCAAGAAGAUGGGAAAGAUGGUCAGGAUUACCACUUCUACCCCGAACAUGUCGACCUCGCGACCGCGCCGUAGCUCAUCACCCAAAUCUCCUAGUGGUCACACUGGCGCCAGGUCAAUGCAGAGGUCUGCAAGGCACGCUCAAGACUAUCGAACAAGCAACGCCUUCGAUCGUCAACGUCAGCAGGAGGAGAUGUGCCGACGACGGCGCAUUGCUGAGGACCUCGUCCGAAAGGAAAUCAAAGCUCAGAGAGAAGCCGAGAGGGUGCUUCAGCGCGAGAUGGAGACCCGACACGACCAAGUACUCGAAGAGUGUCGCCGGGCACAAGAGACGCAUUUGAGAAGGAUCGAGGAGCAAGACAAGCUUCUCAAAGAGUACGAGGCUCUGCGACUGGCACCAACAGGGCACGUUGAGCCUUCUCGGGGCAAGAGUAAAGAGAGAAGACUGGAAAGGCAUCUGGUCGCUCAGGGUGAUGAGCGCAGUGCUUCCGACAGUCUUCGAGAGCCCCACGGAUUUUCCGCUAGUAUCCAGCAAGAAGCGCCGAGCGAUACGAGCGCAGAGCCAUCGCUACCUCACGACUCUGUUCGUGGUGACAUUGUCUCAAGUCCGGCAUCCUUUCACUCCCCUGGCUCAUACCGACAGGCGAGCCUCGACAGCCGCUCCCCAUUUUCCAUCUCUCGCGGCACGAGUGUGACCAGGCAAGACAAUAGCCACGAAGGAUCUCAAGGAAGGGUAGCCCCGUCCCGCUCUCGCUCCCCACCUUCGACUACUCCGUCUCUCUCACGAUCUGCUCGUUUGCACAGAAGCAGCAGUCGUCUGCUAAGGGCAAUCUUCAGGCAGCAAGAGCAGCAGCAGCAGCAGAAGGCCGAGGUUGAGGGUGAGCAGCGCAAGCGUCUGGACGUGAAGCCUCGGGACAGCAGCACUGGCAGUCAAAGGACAGAUCGUGGAAGGCGACCCUCGCUAAGGGUCACUACGAACCUCACGACGCUGGGAAAGUGCGAAGUCAAGGCACAGAGUGCAGAGGGCAGGAAAGAUCAGAGCUUCUGUUCAAAGGGCAGUAAGAUUGACCAUGAGCACAAUAAUGCGGGGGAGCUCGCCGCCUCUUCAGCUCCCUCGUUGCCGAGAACCCAUACGAGGGCGCGCAGUACCGGGCGUGGUGGCGCAGGACAAGGUCGUGCAGGAGGAGGACUGCUUGGAAAUAGCGCUUGUCCUUGUGAGGACGGGUUCAAGUGCACCAAUCGUGCUAUCUGCUGGGCUACGAGGAAGUUGAGGGGGAGAGGCCCACCUAGCUGAGAAGGCAAGGAGCAAAUUGUGAAUGUUGACGGCGCUGUAUGUUCACAUAAAAGGAG